AUGGCCGUGCGGGUGGCUGCUCGGCGCUGGCUCAGCCGGGAGCCGUUCCCUCGGCCGCCCGGAGGCGAGGGGGGAGCCGGCGUGCAGCAGCUGUUGCAAAACGCGACCGUCGAGGUGGAGGAGAAGAAGCGGACGGUGCAGCGCGCCCCCGAGGAAACCUCCGUGUUGCUCUUUCCCGGCCAGGGCAGCCAGUUCGUGGGAAUGGGCCGCGGGCUGCUGCGCUACCCCAACGUCCGCGAGCUUUUCCGCGUGGCCGAGGCCGUGCUCGGCUACGAUUUGUGGCGCCUUUGCCAGGCCGGCCCCAGCGAUCAGCUGCACCGGACCGUGCACAGCCAGCCCGCCGUCUUUGUCUGCUCUUUGGCUGCCGUGGAGAAGCUGCACCACCAGCAGCCCUGGGUACUUGAGAGCUGUGUUGCAGCUGCUGGAUUCAGCAUUGGAGAAUAUGCUGCCCUUGUUUUCGCAGGAGCCAUGGAUUAUGCAGAAGCCCUGUAUGCUGUCAAGACCCGUGCUGAAGCUAUGCAAGAGGCCUCCGAAGUCAUAGCAAGUGGGAUGCUCUCUGUUAUUGGCCGAAGAGAUUCAGAUUAUAAAGCUGCUUGUUUGGAAGCUUGUGAAUACUGCAAGUCAGUGGGCAUAGAAGAUCCUGUAUGUGAAGUUUCAAACUACUUGUUUCCAGACAGCAGAGUCAUUGCAGGACAUUUACAGGCUUUGGAAUUUUUACAGAAAAAUUCAAGAAAAUUUUCAUUUGCACGUGUAAAAAUGCUGCCCGUGAGUGGUGCUUUUCAUACCCGCCUAAUGAAAUCAGCAAUGCAACCUUUAUCUGAAGCUCUUGAAUCAAUCAGCAUCCAACAGCCUCUCAUCUCUGUCUAUUCAAAUGUGGAUAGCAAGAAAUACAUGCAACCAGAACAGAUUCAGCAUUAUUUAGUGGAACAAUUGGUUUCACCGGUGAAAUGGGAGCAAAUAAUGCACAGAAUCUAUGAAAGGAAUCAAGGAAAAAAGUUUCCUUAUACAUAUGAAGUGGGACCUGGAAAACAGUUAGGUGCAAUUCUAAGAAGUUGCAAUUUAAAGGCCUCAAGAUACUAUAGUAAUAUUGAUGUUUCUGAAGAUGAAACAAAUGAAGAAACGUAGAGAUCCUUGCAGGAAAUGGAAGGUCAUUUUCUCCCUGCAUAAUUUCUUUGCACAGGUUUAUUGCCAUGUCCAGAGCGAAAAUAUUGUCCAUUGUCUUUCCGAGCCUUUCAUCAAAUUAACACAUUUCCUGUGAGUGCCUUACAUGCAGUGGUG